GCUUCUGUUUCUUAACAAAAGUUACAAAAAAAAAAAAAAUCUCACGAACAGCAAGGUAUUACUUCAGUGUUAAAAGAGCCAUGGCUGAUGCAAAGCAAGGAGGUGCAGGGAUCUUUGCCAAAAAUGUCCAGAAGAGAUUGAGUCGUGCUCAAGAAAAGGUACUUCAGAAGCUGGGGAGAACAAUAGAAACUAAAGAUGAGGUGUUUGAGCAAUGUUCUUAUAAUUUUAACCAACAGCAGAGUGAAGGAAAUAGAUUACACAAGGAUUUAAAGACAGUUUUCAGUUCUGUUAAAGCGAUGCAUGAAAGUUCCAAGAAGCUAUCAGAAACCCUUCGUACAAUUUACAGAGAAGAAUGGGAUGGAUAUAAUGACCUCAAAUCAAUUGUUGAGAAUGAUGACCUUCUCUGGAAUGAUUACGAGGAGAAGUUGUCAGAUCAAGCCAUGCACAUUAUGGAAAAUUAUAUCUCUCAGUUCUCUGAAAUGAAGGAAAAAGUAGCCAAGCGAGGACGGAAACUGGUCGACUAUGACAGUUCUAGGCACCACUUGGAGGCUCUGCAGAAUGCCAAGAAGAAGGAUGAGGCAAAGAUCACAAAAGCUGAAGAGGAAUUCAAUAAAGCACAGAUGAUUUUUGAGGAGCUGAAUAAGGAAUUGCGAGACGAACUGCCAGUUUUGUACAGCAGCCGAAUUGGAUGCUAUGUUACCAUUUUUAAGAACAUUUCAAAUCUGAGAGAUGUUUUCUUCAAAGAAAUGAGUAAGUUGAAUCACGAACUGUAUGAUGUAAUGAGCAAACUGGAGAAGCAGCAUUCCAACAAGGUCUUUGUCAUCAAGGGAGUGAAAAGUAAAAGGAACUCUCUAAUUAUCUCAUCGCCCAUGAAAUGUACAAGUUCUUUUUUCAUGGCUUCUGCAGAUGCCGGAGUUAGUAUUCAGAGCAAUCAGGGUAAUUUAGCAGAUCAGAAGCAUGAUAAUAGCUCUCUGUCAUCAAAUACCAGUGAAACACAAGAUCCUAUGUCUGAAGCAAAUUUGGAUCAUGUUCAAGAAGAUGUUCAAGAGGAUGAAGAGGUUAUAGAAAUCUCCAAUCUGAAAGAAACACUAGAACCCACAAAUAAGCCAUUAGAGGACUCAAAAAAAGAUACCAUAGAGGAUUCAAAGAACGGUGGCUUAGAGGAAGUACUAGAUGCAAGUACAAGGGAAUUUAAUCACAAAAAUCUAGAAGACUUGGCAAAGGAGGAGUCCAAAGAAAUUGCACAUAGCAAUGUGAGUGAUGGCUUAAAAAAGGAUUCCAAUGAGUUCACACAAGUGAAUACAGUUGACACAACAAACCAGAAUGUUGAGGGCACAAAACAAAUAGCCAAAGGGAAUUCUGAAGAAGAGGACCCAACGGGUCAUCAAAUGGAUGUUUCAGGAGACAGUAUUCAAAAUAGCUCUGAGGAUACAACCAAAAAUAAAGUGAAACCUUGCAAUUCAGGCAACACAAUACAGGAAGAGUCCAUGAUAAACACGCAACAGAACUCAACAGAUGUAACAAAUUGCAGUUCUGGACAAACCAUACAGAAGAUAACAGAGCAGUCUAGUGAUUUUAAAGAUGGAGAUUCAAAGAAUAAGGCAGAAGAGUAUUCUGGGAAUGGGACACAUGGACACACACAAGAUCCUGAUAAAAAUAGCUCAAAAGAUACAACUCCUGAAAUUUCAAAAAGCGUUAAAAAUGAGUUUAAAGAAAAUUCUGUAGAUGGGAAAGACUCAAGUGAUUCUGCACAAACUUGCAGCGACGUAGAAACAGCUUGCAAAGAACAAACAGCAGGAACCCUCAGAAUGGCUGCCAUAAGCCUUUCUGAAGUCAACGAUGAGCGAUCAUGUGGGGCUCUAGGCAGCUCAGAUCAAAGCCAAAUAGUUUCGGAGACAUCAGCCACAACUCAGCAACAAAAUACUGACAACAACUUGGAAAAAAAUGCUAUAAGCUCCACAAACAAGGACCAAAAUGAAGAACAUUCCAUCGCUGAAGAGAAUGACCGACUUUAGUCCCAGGAUGUCAAACACCAAUAAUGGAAAACUGACUUUGAAAUCUUGUUGAACAAUGAAUAGGUAGAAGCAGAAAAACCAAUCCAUGAAUCUGCAUGAAAACAAAUCUUUUUAUUAGGCAGAAAUAAACAGAUGUAGACAAGUGGAGGGUUCUUCUA